AUGUCCCAAGAAGCUCCACAACAACAACAACAAGCCAGAAGAGGUGGUUUCGGUGGUAGAAACAGAGGCCGUCAAAACAAGAGAGGUAGAAGAGACAACGAAGAGAAGGGAUGGCUUCCAGUUACCAAGUUGGGUAGACUUGUGAAGGCUGGUAAGGUCACUUCCGUUGAAGAGAUCUUCUUGCACUCUUUACCUGUCAAGGAGUUCCAAAUCAUUGACACCUUGUUGCCAUCUUUGAAGGAUGAGGUCAUGAACAUCAAGCCUGUCCAAAAGCAAACCAGAGCUGGUCAAAGAACCAGAUUCAAGGCUGUCGUUGUUGUCGGUGACCACGACGGUCACGUUGGUCUAGGUAUCAAGACCGCCAAGGAAGUUGCUGGUGCCAUCAGAGCUGGUAUUAUUAUUGCCAAGUUGUCUGUUAUCCCAAUCAGAAGAGGUUACUGGGGUUCCAACUUGGGUCAACCACACUCUUUGGCUACCAAGACCUCCGGUAAGUCUGGUUCCGUCACCGUUAGAUUGAUCCCAGCUCCAAGAGGUUCCGGUAUCGUUGCUUCUCCAGCUGUCAAGAAGUUGUUGCAAUUGGCUGGUGUUGAGGAUGUCUACACCUCCUCCACUGGUUCCACCAGAACUUUGGAGAACACCCUGAAGGCCGCUUUCGUUGCCAUCGGUAACACCUACGGUUUCUUGACCCCAGACUUGUGGGCUAAACACGAGUUGCCAGCUUCUCCAAUGGAUGUUUACGCUGACGAGACUGUUGCUCAAAAGAAGAGAUUCUAA